AUGGUCGAGCUCAAGCAGGCCGACUGCUGGGACUCGAAGGAGCUGAUCGGCGACCUGCUGUGGCUGUCCGACUACGAGCUGCAGCCCGAGGCGCGGCUGAUCAAGGGUAUCCUGCUGGGGUACGCGUCGGGCCAGUCGUACGAGUACAACACGUACGUGCCGCCGCUGCACUCGCCGGCCUGCUCGUACGACACGUGCUGCGUGUGGCAGUACAUCGCCAACGACAUGGAGCGCCUGUUCCGCGACCCCUCGGGCCGCUGCACCGAUGCCGCCCGCGGCGCCAUCCGCCUCGGCUUCCACGACGCCGCCGGCUGGUCCAAGAACACGGGCCAGUACGGCGGCGCCGACGGCUCCAUCGUCUUGGCCCCCGAGGAGAUCGAGCGCCUCCCCAACCGCGGCCUGCGCGAGAUCAUCGAGCAGAUGAGGCAGUGGCACCACAAGUGGGGCCGCUACGGCGUCAGCGUGGCCGAUCUGAUCCAGAUGGCCGCCAACGUGGCCACCGUGGUCUGCCCUCUCGGCCCUCGUGUCUUCUCGUUCGUCGGGCGGCGGGACAGCUACCAUGCGGCGCCCGACGGGCUGCUGCCCAGCCCGUUCGGCAAGGCCGACGAGCUGAUCCAGCUGUUCCGCGACAAGACGAUCCAGCCGCGCGGGCUGGCGGCGCUGCUGGGCGCGCACUCGACCAGCCGGCAGCGGUUCGUCGACGAGGCGCGCGCCGGCGCGUCCCAGGACAGCACUCCGGGUGUCUGGGACACGCUCUACUACAAACAGACGCUCGGCCAUGCCCCGCCCAACGUCUUCCGCUUCCCCAGCGACAUCAACCUGUCCCAGGACCCGCGCAUCUUUCCCGAGUUCCAGGCCUUUGCCGGGCCCGGCGGCCAGGAGCACUGGGACGAUGACUAUGCGCGAGAGUAUGUGCGCCUCAGCCUGCUUGGCGUCUACAACAUCAACAACCUGACCGACUGCAGCCGCGUGCUGCCGCCCGCCAUCCGCGCGUGGAACUACGACGGCGAUGUCUGGUAG